CAUUUUCUCUCUCAAGUCCAACCCCAGAAGUUUAUUUGGAAUUCAAUACAAUAUAAAAGGCGGUGAUGCUGAGUGACCUAUGUUUGUGCCCAUGUUUCGGGUCCCAAAGCUCCGGCAAUACCGAGGCGGAUCGGGAUCCGGUCCUGCUUGUCUCCGGAAUGGGAGGAUCCAUUCUCCAUUCCAAAAAGAAGUUGUUUGGAAUCAGUGUCGAGCCGGUUUGGGUUCGAAUCCUCUUUUCUGAUUUGGAGUUCAGGAAGAAACUCUGGUCUAUUUAUAAUCCAAAACAGCUAAUGCAUUUGUUAUUUUCAGGCUAUACUGAAUCAUUGGAUGAUGACGUUGAGAUUUUGGUCCCCAAUGAUGAUCAUGGACUAUAUGCAAUUGAUAUUAGAUCCUUCUUUGGUGAUAAAACUUUACGUAGCACCGAGGUCUAUCAUUUUCAUGAUAUGAUUGAUAUGCUAGUUGGUGGGUAUAAGAAAGGAACCACAUUGUUUGGAUAUGGUUAUGAUUUCCGGCAAAGCAAUAGGAUUGACAAGUUAAUGAAAGGUCUUAAAGCUAAGUUGGAAACUGCAUACAAGGCUUCUGGAGGCAGAAAAGUUAAUAUUAUCUCACAUUCGAUGGGAGGACUGCUGGUGAUGUGUUUCAUAUCACUUCAUAAUGAAGUAUUUUCCAAGUAUGUAAAUAAGUGGAUUACCAUUGCAUGCCCUUUUCAAGGUGCUCCAGGAUGCAUCAAUGAUGCUCUCUUAACUGGAUUGCAGUUUGUUGAAGGGUUUGAAGCCUAUUUCUUUGUAUCAAGAUGGACGAUGCACCAACUGUUGGUAGAGUGCCCAUCAGUAUACGAGAUGUUGCCAAAUCCAUAUUUUAGUUGGAAAAUGCAACCACAAAUUAAUGUCUGGCGAGAGUAUUCUGAAGAUGGAGAAACUUCUGUGAAACUGGAGUCCUACAGCCCAACUGAAAGCAUCAGUUUAUUCAAAGAAGCAUUAAGGCAUAAUGAGUUAGAUUAUGGUGGAAAAAUAGCUGUACCUUUCAACUUCUCUAUUCUCAAUUGGGCUGUUGGAACACGCAAGCUUAUCAACAAUGCUAAACUACCAAGUGGGAUCUGCUUCUAUAACAUUUAUGGGACAUCGUUUGCCACGCCUUUUAACGUUUGUUAUGGUACAAAAACUUCACCAAUAGCGGACCUCUCAGAAAUAUGUCAUACGAUGCCUCAAUAUACUUAUGUGGAUGGAGAUGGAACUGUUCCUGCAGAAUCUGCAAUGGCGGAUGGAUUUGCAGCAGUUGAGAGAGUAGGAGUAGCUAGCAGUCAUCGCGGACUUUUACGUGACCAAACUGUAUUUGAACUUAUUCGAAAAUGGUUAGGGGUUGAGCAGAAGGUGAAGAAGCAUACGAAGACUUUGAAAGUGGUCGAUGCUUCUUCAAACUAGAAACUUUUAAGCAUCAAAUAUAUGGAAUUGAUAGAACUUGUUACCAUUAAAGUGUAUGUCUUCGUAUCUUUCAUGACUGCAAAUAAAACCAAAGCACAAAAUUCAUA